AUGUCUGGACGGCGAAAUGAAACCACAAUUCGACAUCUCAUUCAGUCUGUACCAGGAAACAACAUUUGUGCAGACUGCCACACGCGUGGUGUUCAAUGGGCCAGCUGGAACUUAGGUAUCUUUUUAUGUUUGAGAUGUGCAACAAUUCAUCGAAAGCUUGGGACUCAUAUUUCUAAAAUAAAGUCGGUAUCGCUUGAUCAAUGGACAGAUGAUCAAGUAAAUAAUAUGCGCGAUUGGGGAAAUUUAAAUGCCAACCGUUAUUGGAAUCCCAGUCCUUUGGAUCAUCCUUUGCCUAUGAAUGCUCAUAGUGAUGAUACCGUAAUGGAAAAGUAUAUUCGCGAUAAAUAUGAAAAAAAGCUAUAUUUAGAGGAAACUCCAAACCAAAAAGGCCCGUCUUUGCCCCCUAGAUCAAACGCAUCCGCGAAUUCUACUAGUGCUUCAAGUUCCCGAUCCAAUUACAAAGUAUCUCUCAAAGCUAUUCAUGACAUGGGUUUUACGAAUGAUACAAUUAAUUUACAAGCUUUGGAAGAUGCACACGGUGAAGUCAAUGGCGCUGUAGAAAAAAUCGUUCAGGAAAUGAAAAAAAACCCUUUAAAUUCUGCCUCUUCCUCAUCCUCGAUGCCAAAUUCCAAAUCUUCUUACAAGGCACCAAAGUUGCCAUCGGCGCAGCUUUCUAGAAGAAACAAGCGUUUACAUGUACGUUUUGAGGAUGGUUCAAAACCAGGCGACGAGGACGAUGGCGUUGGCGUUGGUGAUGCACGUGUAACGUCUCCUACUCUAAAUCCAUUUGAACAGAUGAUGGCUAUGACCAAUCAAGGCAUGUCUGUUGCUCCUGGUGUUGAAACCACUUCAAGCCCCUUUUUUAGGGCUCCAGUAGAGCCUAAUCAACCCCUACAGCCAUCUUCGACUGGUCCUGCAGCAACUACUUCCUAUGAAAAUGUAAAUAUGCCUUUCUAUAAUUUAGACUCCUCUGGCAUGUACCCACAAACCACAGGUUCAUCAUCUGCCGCACCUCCGCCUGCUCAACCUUUGCAACGCUCUCAUACUGGACUUGCUUCCUAUGAUUACAAUUAUCCUUUGGGCUCUGAUUAUUCAGUUCCUCCAAACCCAACUGGCUCUAAUCCCUUUUAUGACUUUUCCUCACCAACGCCUUCGACGUCUGGCAUUCCAGGUAAUAAUAAUAAUUUAUAUUACGGCAACUCUUAUCCGAACACGACAGAUAAUACUUCAAUGCCGGACAUGAGUAAAUUAUCUUUGGGAGAAUCGAACGAUGCAACUUCAAAUCCUUCAUCGCAAUACCUAAGUUCUUCACUUUCACCCCAGUAUGGUACGUCCGGCGUAAACUACUCUCAGUCUGCUUCAGAUCCAUACAACUUAAGAACUAAUAUAUAUAAUCCUUCUUCGGUUUCCCCUUACGGUGCCCAACCUUCAGCUUUACGGCUACAACCGACUGGAAUGGUUCCUUCAUCUUCCGACGAAAUCCCGCUUCAAGGCACAGGACAGCCGUUUAUGCAAAGUGAAAUGGGAAUGCAACCAAACAAUUAUCAAAUGCCUAUGGGUAGUAACUGGAUGGAAUAUGGUGACAUGUCCCAACAGGGUACCGCAAUGCCGAUGAAUGGAAUGAAUUAUCCUGGUGUAAUGAAUUACGAUCCCAAUAUGCCCAUGAAUUCUGGUUACUACGUACCAGGAUAUAACAAUGCAAUGAUGCCUUCUGAAGGUCUGUAUCAGCCUACUGAUGUCUAUGGAGAUCCUAUGAACUCUGGUUCAUCGGGAGCUAUGGGAGGUUCAGCGAGUAGCACAUCAAAUGCUGAUAACUAUUUGCAAAGGAUUAUGCAUGGUAAACGAUAA